CGCGCCAGGGCCCUUCGCAUCAGACAGCGGCGCGUGGUGGUGUGCGCGUGCGUGCGGCAGUGCGGACUGUUUUCCUCCAGGCUCCGUCCUCAGCGCCAUGCUUCCACCCGCCUGAGGCUCACCUGAGGCCGGCUAAACCCUGCGGCGCGGCCCGCUCUUCCGGAGCUCCGGUCUGGUUCUCAGAGCGGGGAGUGGAGGCUGACGAGGCCGGCGACAGAGGCUCAUAGAGCGCGGGAUAUACAACAUGGAGACGGUGAUGGAGAGAGAGUGCAGCGCGCUGGGGGGCCUCUUCCAGACCGUUAUCUCCGACAUGAAGGGCAGUUUUCCGAUUUGGGACGAUUUCAUCAACAAAGCUGGAAAGCUUCACUCUCAGAUCAGAGCGACGGUUGUGGCUGUAGCUGCUUUUCUCGACGCCUUUCAGAAAGUGGCCGACCUCGCCUCCAACAGCAGAGGAGGAACGAGGGACCUGGGCUCAGCUCUGACCAAAAUGUGUUUGCGACAUCGCAGCAUCGAGACCAGACUCAGACACCUGUCCAUGGUGUUUGUGGACUGUCUCAUAAACCCUCUUCAGGAGCAGAUGGAGGACUGGAGGAGAACCACCAACUCCCUGGACAAGGACCAUGCCAAAGAGUAUAAAAAGGCUCGUCAGGAGAUAAAGAAGCGUUCUUCAGACACUCUCAAACUGCAGAAAAAAGCAAAGAAAGGGAGGAGACAGGAUAACCACUCUGCCACAGUAACACAGGGAGGACAUGCACACUCAGAGAUGGGGAGUCUAACCCACAACCCUGUGGUGUGUUGCUCAGUGCGGGCAGAGCAGGCGGCCCUGGACAGUGCGCUUCAGCUGGUGUCGGGUCAGUACCAGGUUCUGGAGGAGGCUGAGACCUGCGCCGUGAGGAGAGCCCUGGUGGAGGAGAGGGGGAGGUUCUGCUGCCUCGUGUCCAUGCUCCGACCCAUCAUGGAUGAGGAGGUGUCUUUACUGGGAGAAAUGUCUCACCUCCAGAGUCUGAGUGAAGACCUCAGGACCCUGAGCAUGGACCCCCACAAACUGCCCCCCUCCAGUGAGCAGGUGCUCACAGACCUGAAGUCCUCAGACUGCUCCUGGUCCUUUCAGAGUCCACCUUCAUCUCCAGGCUCCACCUCCAGGAAGUCCAGCAUGUCCAGCUCUGUGAACAGUGUGAGCAGUGGAGACUCGCGCUCUUCUGGCUCUCCUCACUUCCGGUUCAGAUCUGGUUCUGGUCCGGUCCAGAGCGGCUCGGUCCGGCUCUCCUCCGUCUCAUCCCAUGACUCUGGGUUCAACUCGCAGGACUACAGCUCCCGAAGCCCCACGGCCCUGCCUUCAGUGAGCGCUCUGAAGAGGAGCCGCACUGCAGAUCCCAUCAACCACCACAGUGAUGACAUCACUGCGGGGGAGGAGCCUCGAGCCCAGCGCCAUCUCACUGUCCAGACCAAGGAGCACAGGGACCCCAGGGAGGAGCUGGUCCAGGCUCUGGCCCGAGGACUAAGCCUGGACUCUAAAUUGUCUUACAGGGACUCAGCCUACAGCAGCCAGACCCACACCCCCUCCUGCUCUGAAGACCAGACAGGCUCAGAUGGAGAUAACUUCUCUGUAAGUUCUGAAGCCGACCCUCAGACUCCGGAUCAGGAAAAGUUUGGUUUUCCUCGGAAUUCCGACCAGUCCCUGUCGUACCGGAGACUGUACCAGACCAAGUGCACCUCCUCUGCUCCAACACCAGGGGUCGCCACCAUCCGCCGGGCUCCCUCCUCCAAACCUAGCCUCCGAAGGCCCUCUCUGGGUCUGAACCUGGGACUAAACCCUGGUCCCGUCAGACCCCCCAUGAUCCCGGUCAAAACCCCCACGGUCCCGGAGGCGAGGGGAGGUCCAGAGCCGCCCAGCCCGCCUCCGCAGCCCUCCGCUCGGGUAGAGGCGGAGCGACGGGCCCCUGUGCUGCCGGAGCUCCUGGAGGAAACAGAGACGGAGGAUUACCUGGUCCUGAUCCGAAGAGGAGUCAAACUGAAGAGAAACCGCGACGUGAGGGACCGGUCAGCGCCGUUCAUUCACUGACCGCAGGAAGUCUGACAUGUAAACGGUUUAAAUGUGCUUAGGACGGAAUAUUCGGAGCAAGUGGCAGUGAGAAAUUAGUCGGGAAAACUAAAUUUGACUAUUGGUUAAAAUAAGAUGUUGCUCUGUUAUGAGGAAAUUCUCAGCCAAAAAACGUCAAAUAGAAUUGAAUGAUUGAUGCAAAUUUGGAGACAUCCAAAUAUAAAAUAUUAUCACCAAGUUAAACUAAACCACCUGGGCUUAGUUUUUGGGUUACAUGUGGGAGUCACAGUCUCCACCAGAAGCCCUGAUGAAGCGGCCUGGUGGGCAGCCAAACAUCCACUGGUACAAAGUUAAGUCCGUUUGAAGGGAAGGAAACAGAAAACCACAUGUAACGCAUUAAAAGAUGUUCGGACAAUCAGAGGCUACGUUCAGACUGCAGGGGUUAAUGCUCAGUUCAGAUUUUUUGUGAAAUCCGAUUAUUUGUGAGAUCAUUCACAUUUCCAUUUAAAUGUGACUUGUAUGUGAUCUCCAGAGUGAACUUUAAACGCCCCAAAAGUGUCUCACAUGUGCACUGGAGGACACGACCACGUCACACACAGCGAGCGUGCUCUGUGUUUAUGGAAGUCGCCUAAACUCUGAGUUUGUCUCCCAAAAUCCGGUCCCGUUUUCAGUAAAAUGGACAGGUGACGUGUCCACGGCCGCUUCAUUUGUUUGAGUCUUUAGCCUCCUUGUAUUUGGCUCGCAGGCUCUUUAUUUUUUGUUGACAUUGGAGUCGGUCACUUCUUUUCAAAAAACGCCCGGUUCAGAUAAGACCCCUCCAAUUUAACCUGAAGACAGUGAUCCCCCCUAAAUAUGAAUGGACUCACUAACCUCGCUUUCCCACUUUUGACGAGACUCUGAGCCUGACGUGUAGAUGGAUGAAUGUGACCUGGUCGUUCAGACUGAAGUCACAUGUCAAAGAUCAGAUAUGUAUCAGUUUCAGGAGCACAUAUCCAAGUGUCCUGAGUCACAUUUGAAAAAAUCGGAUCUGUGUGGUUCAGACUGUCAUUAAAAGAUCAGAUACAGGAACAUAGGGGCCAAAAAAUCUGAUUUGAGUCAUUUCAGGCUGCAGUGUGAAUGGAGCCAAAAUGUGGUUCUGAUCUUAAGUAUUGAUCUUUGAAAGUGAAAUGUCAAAAGCAUUGAGUCUGUAGUUAAUCUUUUUGAGUAUAUUUAAAUGUAAGGAGUUGUCUGGUGGAGGGUCUGCCAGCCGCUGUCAGUGCCAUGAGAAUGUUACUGGUGGGUUUCAGAUUCUAGAAUGUGAUCAUGUCUUACUCCCAGAUGUAGUCAGAGACAGAUUACUCUAUAGAUUACUUUGUACUCUAAUAAGUUAUGUCCACAUGGUCAGUUCAUAAAUGUUGUACCUGAUCAUUGUAAGAGCGACUAGAGAGCUCACUAUAUCUGAACAAGAUUAGUUUUAGCUGCCCCCAUCUGUAUUCCAUGUUAUUGGCCUGUAACUGUUAUCAUGUCAUCUGAAACACAGCGAAUGCUUUGCCUGGAAUGUUCCACAGUGUGGCAUUAAACUGAUAGAUCUAUUGAUUCAAUCACAGGUGUUUUAUUGCUACAAAUACUUGAUGUAUUCUUGGUUUGGUGGAGUUGUUGCUGCUUUUGUGCCAUAUUGUGGAACAUUUCAGGCAAAACUCAUAUCUCCAUGGAGAAUAGAAGGUUCCAUCUCUCCACCAGAAAAGUUACAUAGUGUUCCUUUAAUAUGGAAUUUUAGAAACAACAAUGAAAAGUCCAGAUUAGCAAUUUGAACAAAAAUCUGGAUUAGUUCUGAUUUCAACUGUACAUUUUGGUCAGUCAAAUGUUCUGUUCUGCUAAACUGCUCCCCUGGUGUAAAAUGAACUAACACUCCUCUGCGUUUUUAAAGUCACCCCUGAAUACAGCAGGAUAUAGAGGCUUUAAAAUAGUUUAUCUUUAAGGUUUAGAUCCUGCAGGCGGCACUGUUGCAGAAUCAUGUAAAUAGAACAUUUAAGUGAGAUCGAAAAGUAUCGAAAAUAACAAUAUUAAAGAUGGAUUUUUAUGAGAAUUUAAACCAACUAAAAGAUUUACGUUAAUAUUUAAGAAUGUGUUGUUUAAAACCACACAGUUACAGAGUGCUCUCACAGUGCCAGAUUUUAUAUGCCUUUGAUUUCACUUUGUUUUUUAUCUAAAUAAAGUAUGAAAUUAAAAUAAAAAGUUAUAAAUGUACAAAAGCAUUUAACUUAAAGAGGAGGUAUUAUGCAAAAUGGACUUUUUGGAGCUUUUUACCAUGAUACAAAGUUGUUCCCUCAUCAGAAACCCACCUGAAGAGCUUUUAGAGUCUUCCAUGCGUGUUUGACUAAUCUAGUGAUCUCUCCCAGAGCCCUCCUCAAACCCUCCUUAUGGUCACCAGUACGGGCCUUUACAAGGCUCCACCCACAAGCCUACUUCCCCCAUGCUCCCACCCGACAAAUCUACACAAAUGUACAACAACUGAACACAGCAACUACACAAACUUGAUGUGAUGUGCAGGAGUUUCAGGACACACACUGACUGUGUUGUGAUAGUGCUCUGAAGGAGGUGACGUCCCUGUUUACCCGGGACAGUCCCAGUUUUGAGCCUGUGUCCUCUGUCCCAGCAGAUUUAUACAAACCACUGAUUUGUCCCAGUUUUAUACAAGAAAUGUCCCAAGAGUCCCUAUUUUUGACCAGUCUGAUCCCUGCCAACAGUAAAGAGACACAUGUCAUUUGUUUCAGUAAAAUGCAGAAAAACUGCUUAAAAAUGACCAAAACACACAUAAAUGUGACUAUACUGACUCACAUGUUCAUCAUGAAUGGGCCAAGUGCAGAACAGUUUUCAUUAAUUACGCACUUGUUGUACUUCUUGUAACAAUAACCAAAAUAUCAUGAUAUUGUGUUGUCGAAAGUCUCACAAUAACAGUGGACAAAAAAAGUGUCCUAUCUACAACUAUACCAGCCUCUCCAAAAUAUCACAAUAAAAAUGAAACCAUGAUAAUAUCAUACCGAGAACUUUGGAUAUCAUUACAUCCCUGCAGAACAGCCCAAACCAGGGAUGUCCCAGUUUUUGUUUUUGAAAUAACGGUCACUCUAGGGCCCCGUUUACACGUACACAGGUGUUUUUAAAACUGAGACAUUUCCCUUCAUUUGUUCUCAUCUUUUACACCGAAAUGGUAAAUGUGCCUCUGAAAACUCGAGCUAGAGUGGAAAUUCUGGAAAACUCUGGCGUUUACAUGUAAAGUGAGAUUAUUGGAGUUUUAGGAGUUGACGCGCCAAAAGUACGACCAGUGUUUCCCUUUUGCUCUGAUGAUGAUGAGGAUGAUGAGGAUGAGGAUGAUGAGGAUGAUAAAGCAUCAGUGGCAAUUCUUCUGGUGAAACUCUUUUCAUGUGUUUCAUUUGCACACACAGCUGAUGUUUCAUAUCCAUGACCCAAGACCAAUGAGGCUCAGAGUUCAGUGAUGUUGCCACUUCUUUAACAGAUCUGUGGAGAGGCGAGUCCGCUCAUUUAUACACCUUUUUCAAGGCAUUUUUUAGUCAAAUUUACAAGUGUAAUGAAAUAAAAGCUACAGGUUUGAAUCUAAUCCCGGCGCCGCCCAGAGGCUCGGUGUUGUUCUGACGGUGCUCGAUGGAGGAUUUAUGUGGGUCGAUGUAAACCAAAACUUUUUUGAAAAUGAUGCUUUGUGCACAAUGUUAUUUUGGAAAACAGAGGGAGGGAAAUAUUUGUUUCUCAUCAUACCCGGCAUGUGUAAACACAGCCUCGCUUUGAAAGGAACAUGGGUAGAGUGACCAGAUUUUCAUAAAACUGUGAAACAAAUGCAAUUAAUGAAAACUGUUCUGCACUCGGCCCAUUCAUGACAAACAUGAGUCUGUAUAGUCACAUUUUCUUUGUGCUGGAAAACAUUUUCCAUGACUUUUUCAUGAGCUUAAGUGAAUUUUCCAUGACUUUACAGCACCUACAUGUGUAGAACUGAUCAGACUUUUAGAGCCAAAUAUGAAAUGUGAACUCUUUCCACUCACCUUCUGGUUUGAGAUUAUAGUUUUUAACAUUCUAAAUCCUGUCAGUGCAUUUACUGUUGUCUCUUUUAAACCAAAGGUGCAGACGUUCUGAAAUAAUCAGAAACAAUCAGUUUAAUGAGAAAUGAACAGAACACUGUAAAAGAGAGACUAAAAUUCCAUGACUGAAAAAUAACAUGUUUAACUUCCAUGUCUUUUCAAGGAUUUCCAUGACCGUGGGAACAUUCAGACAUGACAAAGCGUUCAGGUGAAUAAACAACAGUGACGGUAAAACGAGGAGCUGGUGCAGCCUGAGACAGAACUGACUCUAGUCUCCUGCAGCUACACAAUAUAAAGUCAUGAUGAGAGCAGAUUCAACAAUUCUCAUCUAAACUCCACAUGAUCUGUUCUUCUGACGGUGUCAGCAAGAACGCACAAACCACACCAAAGUCUACAAGAGCCAGAGCACCACAAAAGCUCUUUGAAUCACACAGUGUACAGAGCUCCAAUAACACCUGGAGUGUUAAACCUCCAGACACUCUGUCCACGUGAACAUAAAGAUCUGAACAAAACCAGCCAGUUUACCAAAAAGACUCAUUCAAGCUGAACCAGGUCUAAACCAGAACUAAACCAGAACUAAACCAGGACUGAAUCAGGACUAAACCAGAAUUAAACCAGAAUUAAACCAGAUCUAAACCAGGUCUAAACCAGGACUAAACCAGGACUAAACCAGGUCUAAACCAGGACUAAACCAGGACUAAACCAGGACUAAACCAGGUCUAAACCAGGACUAAACCAGAUCUAAACCAGGACUAAGAUUGUCAAAAUCGAAUGUUUUGGGAAAAAGCCUCUGGUUCCUAAAGGUUAACCACUCUGCCGCUGAGCGUGUCUUGCUCGUCGGCUGCGAGUGCAUCUCCCAAUGUUUGUGAACAGGACAUUUUCUCAAAAUAAAACAUUAAUUCAAGUCAUUUUCAUGUGUAUUCAGCAUUUAAAGUGAUUAUCCAGAGUCAUUUGAGUGUCAGAUCCUUUGUGUCAUCACGUCUGUGUCACCUCUGUGUGAUCUGGAGGGAACAGACCGAGUGGAACUGAUGACCAAACUGGGAGAAAAUGGGAUAAAAUCUGAUUGAUGAUAAAGGAAAUGUGGGAAUAUAGGGCCUAAUUAAAAACAAAAACCUUAGAAAUGAGGGAACAUAAGGCUGAGGGAACACGCUCUGUUCUGUGUUGGAGGAAUAACUCAUCCAAGUGUAAUUCCUCCUCUUUAAACAAUGACCCAGUGCCAAUCUAACCCCACUUAACCCGCCUCCAGGAUCCUUUAGCACACUUCUACUUGAAUUCUUUUGAUAUUGUUUCGCUGGAUAAACCGUGACGCUUUUGUAGGCUUUUUAAAUGAAUGUUAAGCUACAGAAACAACACUGAACCUGGUGUUAGUGUCGAGUAAAACACUGAAAUGGUCCAGAAUAAACGUCAGGACUUGAAGCUUUUGAAUGUAACAGCAGAACAAAUGUGUGUGUGGUGUUUCCAGCGUUUGGGCUGAUCACUGUUACAUCGUCUUCGCCUCGUCGUUAAAGAUCAAAUGUGUGAACGUCCCAGUGUUGGAUUUUUAUUGAUCUAUUUGUUUUUAUUUGUUCAUUUGGUUGUAAAAUGUGCUCAGCUGCUCAUGUCACCCGGGCUCACGCUAAAAACCAACUACAUGAACUGUUCAGAACCUCCACACGGUCACAGGUUCCAUUCCCACAUCUAGGGGAGUGUUGUGGCUUUGUUGUGUCCUUAGGCAAGACACUUCAGCUCCCGUGCCUGUAGUGUGAAGCAGAGCAGGCUCACACUUGUCCGCCGCUGAAGCCGAGACUCUGGAGGACGGCUCUCGUUCCAGGUUAGAGGACGCUGCUCCUGAUCAAAACCACCAUGAUUUGACCUCCACAGUGACCUCUGACCCCGCAGCGGAGCAGAUCCCUGUGACCUCUGACCUAACAACCCCCGCCUUCUCUCUCUCCCUCUCUCCUCUCCUCCUCUUCUCUUCUCUCUCCUCCUCUCCCCCUCUCCUCUCUCUCAUCUCCUCUAUCUCCUCUGUCUCAUUCUCUUUCGCUCCUCUCCUCCUCUCUCCUUCUCUUUCUCUUUCCUCCUCUCUUCUCUUCCUCCUCUCCUCUCUCUCUCCUCCUCUAUCUCCUGUCUCCUUCUCUUUCGUUCAUUUCCCCCGUCUCUUUCCUCUCACUCUCUCUCCUCCUCCUCCUCUCUCUUCUUUCUCUCCUCCUCUCUCUCUUUUCUGUCUCCUCCUCUCCUCCUUCUUCUCUCCUCUCUCUCUCUCCUUAUCCUCCUCCUCUCUCUCCCUCUGUCUCCUCCUCUCCUGCUUCUUCUCUUCUCUCUCUCUCUCCUUAUCCUCCUCCUCUCUCUCCCUCUGUCUCCUCCUCUCCUGCUUCUUCUCUUCUCUCUCUCUCUCUCUCUCUCUCUCUCUCCUUGUCCUCUCCUCCUCCUCUCUCUCUUCUGUCUCCUCCCGUCCUUCUUCUCUCCUCUCCCCAUCUCUCCCUCCUCUUCCUCUCUCUCUU